GUUACUACAUGAACUCCUCAAUCUAUAGCAAAUGCUUGUUACUCAUGAAACUUCUCUUCUCCGAGGCUAAAUUAGAGAAAGUGAUUUGUAUCUUCUUCGAUGGCUUUCACGGAUGGGAAAGAUGUAUCUAAAGGAUUUGUCAAGAGAGUGGCUUCAUCUUUCUCCAUGAGGAAGAAGAAGAAUGCAACAACAAGUCCAGGAGGUGGUGAACCUAAGUUGCUUCCACGAUCGAAAUCAACAGGUUCUACUAGUUAUGAAUCCAUGAAGCUACCUGCAGCAAAGAAGAUUUCAGAUGUCACAAUCAAAACAAGGAUCAAAUCAUCAUCUGGCCUAGUAACGCCGCUACCAAGACGUGAAAAGAUCGAUAAUCGUGGUGGUGGAGGCACGAAGAACAACUUUGGAAAAUGGAGAAGCUUUGACGAUAGUGAUUCAAUAUGGUUAUCUUCCGAUUGUGCAUCUCCCACUUCUCUUCUUGAGGAACACCGAUUAUCUGUUUCCUUUCGUUUCUCGGUUGAUGAUAGUGUAGUCUCUUGGUUAUCAAAACUUGCCAAUUCUUCCCUCUCUCUGAAUCAUCAAGAUGAAAGUUCCAUCAAAGAACGCUGUAGAAUCCCAAAGAACACUAAGGAGAACAUUCAGAAGAAAGCUUCCAAGGAAGAUUCAUCUAGUUCCGCUCCAAAUUCCACACUUCUUCCUGAUUCUUCCACUCAGAGUUCACAAGGAAAGAAAGUUAGCUUUUCACCACCUUCAAGUACAGAACUUGAGUCAGAGAUUUCUUCUCCUUGUUUGACAAUCUCCCCUGAUGUUCCAUCAGCUCCGAAAGCAACUUCUUUGGUUCAUGAGAAAAGUCUGGAUGAGAAAACUGCAGAGUCUUUGGAUUCUACUAAGAUUAUUGCUAAAGUUGAUGAGCCGCUUUUCUGGCCAUAUGAACAAAGAUUUGAUUGGACACCUGAGGAUAUCUUGAAGCAUUUCUCCAUGUCACCUCGGAGAAAGAAGUUAUUGAAUGCCAAGGUCUCUGCAUGUACCUCCCCAAGAUCCAUGAGAGCACAACUUCUCCAGACAAGAAAAUUAGAUCUCAAAGACGGUUGUAAAAGAAAGCUUGUGUUCAAUGGUCAGGCAACAAACGCAUCCAAGGUUCCAGAACUCAAACGAAAUAUCAGCAGUAGCAGCAGCAUCAACAAUAACAAGAAAAAUGACAGCGUCGAGAAGGAGCACAUCGUGAACUGCGUGAAGAGGAACAAAAGUUUGCCAUCAAGGCUGAGAAAAUCGAGCAAAACAUGUUCCAAGGUUGUACCUAUUGAAGUGGCUGAAGAAGCGACUGCAUCGGAAAGAGCCAAAGCAGAGAUAACAGCUAGAAAGCUCAUGAACCGCAGAAGCAAGACAAUGCUGGAAGACGAUUUCGCAUUGAUGAAUGAUUUCUCAAUUGAAAACGCAGUGGGGCUUGCUGAGUUCAAGGGUCGAGAGGGUAUUGAUUCAGAGUUUAACUCUGACACUUUCUUGUUCAAUGAUUCACUCUGAAACUACAGAGGAUAUCUAUACUUGUCAAAACAAAACAAAAAAAACCCUUUCUAUGCAACAAAUUUUGUUCCUCCUGACUUUAUCAUUUUUCACUAUAUACCGAGUUUCAAAUCAAGAUCUUCAAUGAGUAGAAGAAAAUCAACGAUUUCUCUGAUAUCUUUACAAGUGGAGGCGAAGACAAACUGAUGUUGAGAUUCAUA